AUUGAUAUUGAUACAAAAAAAAACUCAAAACAAUACAAUGAAGUUAGUUGUGAUUUCCCUUAUAUUUUUUCAGAAUUUUUAUCAUUUAACUCGUAUGGUGAUUUAGUAAAUGUGUUCCAAUCGUCUCGCAGAUUUUGCACUCCUCGUUAGAGUUUAUUAUGCUUCUCACAAUUUCAAAACCAGCAAGUCCUAGGGAGAAUGGUUAUGGCUGUGGAAUCAAGAGUAUCCACUUGUCAAAGCAUGAAACAGUAUGAUUAUCUUUUAAAAUUUCUACUUGUUGGAGACAGUGAUGUAGGGAAGCAAGAAAUAUUAAGUGGCAUGGAGGACGGGUCUGCGGAAUCCCCAUUUUGGAGUGGAAGCGCCUACCGAACAACAACUAUCCUGUUAGAUGGGAAAAGAGUCAAGCUGCAACUAUGGGACACAUCCGGGCAAGGUAGAUUCUGUACGAUCAUACGUUCGUAUUCAAGAGGAGCCCAAGGCAUUUUAUUAGUCUAUGACAUCACCAAUAAAUGGUCCUUUGAUGGAAUAGACAGGUGGCUAAAGGAGGUGGAAGAGCAUGCUCCUGGAAUCCCCAAAGUUUUGAUUGGGAACCGGCUACAUCUAGCUUUCAAAAGACAAGUACCCACUCGGGAUGCAGAGCAAUAUGCAUCAAAAAACAGAAUGGCUUUCUUUGAAGUGAGCCCUCUCUGUGAUUUCAAUAUUCGAGAAAGUUUCAGUGAACUCUCUAGGAGAGCAUUACAUAGGAAUGGAAUGGAACGUCUCCUCAGGUCGAAUAAAGUUUUGUCGCUGCAAGAGUUGUGUUGUCGAGCUAUAGUGGCGCGCACUACUGUCUAUGGAAUUGACCAGUUACCGCUUCCCCUUCCUAUCAAAUCGUAUCUUAAGUCAUACACAAUGACCUCUUACACAACAGCUGCCUCAUCUUCGAAUCAGCACACGAUAAAAUCUUCAUCAAGCAAGAAACUCAGGUUUGGCAACAGCCAUCCAGUCACGUCGCAUCAAUCAUCAAUACAAACGCCGUCCAACUCCAACUCAAUAGAUCAAAGUAAGAACUGCGUCGGUCGCAACUCUUGUGUAAUUUCGUGAUGUUCCUCCCCCUUGUUCGCGUCGAUUUUACUGUCACUAUUUUUAAGAGUUAUGUGCUCUUAGACUCUCCACAAGAAUGUGGAGACAGAUCAGAUGUGCUCCUGAAUUAAUGUCAAUACUCUCGUCAUUUUCGAAUAAGGGUCAGUCAGCAUCCAGUCAUAUUCUACAUGGUCAAUUUUUUUAGACCUGUAUUCUGCCAUUCUCCACUCGAUCUAUUCCUUUUGUAGGUCUGUUAGAUGAAAUUUCUGAAUCUGCUGAUUGGCUUAAGAGACCAUUCUCAUAUUUUGAUGAUCAGAUGGAUCCAUUACAUUUUCCAAAUCCAGCAGGCAUCUAAGAGGAAGAUGUAGAAGUGCUUGAAGAAUUUAAGACUGUCUUCUUCUCUUAGUAUUCAUUUUAGUAUCCAUAAAGUCAUGCAAACCCAAAUAAGCAAUCAAGCUGAACAGAUAAUUGCAUCUUGUCACCUCUAUUCUAACCCAGAGCUAAUUUCUGAGCAGACUUUUCUUAACAAGCAAUAUUGAAUUUUUAACUGCACAUGUUUAUACAAUCAUAAAAUAUCUAGAGACAAUCCGACUGUAAAACAGAGGGAAUCAGAAUAAACAAGCAUCUGAGAUAGAAAGGUUGAGUGGUUGUUGCAUGAAUUAGUAUGUAUCAAUUUUUCUUCUUUGCUCAAAAAAUAAGCUCAAUGUAACCGGUCCUUUAAGACAACUUUUAUCAGCUGUUGUUAUCGGAAUGUUUCUCUAUAAAAUCGAGACACACAAAACUGAUCCCAGAUUUGGUCAAAAUGGCUCAUGGUUGAAUUUUAGGAUAGACAUCUGGUCACUUUUAGCAGGCGGAACAUUUUUGUGUAAUAUAGAGCCCAUUCUCUAGUCCAAAGUGAGUAGAAUUUUCAUUAAAAGCAACAAGAACUGCCAGUACAUACUACCAGUUGCUUCUGGAAUAGUUGACUCUUCCUUAGUGAACUUCUUCUGCUUGGAUCUUAAUCUCAUUAAUAAAUAAAGCCCCUCAAAGUGUAUUUUUGGAACUAACUCAGUAUUAUGCAGCACUCACAGCUGGAGAAUUCUGCAGUAUUAUGCAUUCAUAUAUUGUCAGAAACGAACUUGUUAAGAUUAGUUGUUUGAUGUCUGUUUGUCCCUUUAGAGCAAGUGAACAGUGAGAAGAAUUUAUUAUGUUCAGUUCUGGAAUAGCAGCACUCACAAAUGUUUAAAAACCAAGAGAAGUAAUACAUUUAUUCGAUCUGCCGUCAUUUGUUGCAUUCGGGAAUAAGUAUUUUUCCUUUUAGAGAGCAUGCUUUUUUCAGAAUGGAAGGAUUGACAACGGAUUGAAUAAAACAUAUUUCUUAUUUUUUAAAUCAUUGAAAGUGACAGUCAUGCAAACUGGAAGAUAAGUUUGGAAAAGGUAACAAGAGCAAGACCUUGAAACUGGAUCAGGGGUGCAUCUUGCUGAAUUGUGUUUUGAUGGUUGAUUCUUAUCUAUAGUAAAAGAAAAUGAACUGUUACUUAAAAUACCGAAUGUGUUUAUUAUAUGCAUCUAAGAUAUUGCCAAUCAAUGUAUGUUGUGGAUAAUACUAUCCACCACCAAGAAACUUUCUUGAGUUUUUCUAUUUUAACCGCAGAACUCAUAUCGCAUGCCAGAUGUGAUUAAAAACAAAACACUCUGCUCAAAGCUCUCAACUUAGAUCUUCCUGCUUUAUUCAUUUUUUUUACUUGUAUUUUUUAUCAAUGUAUACUUCGUAUUUUUGGUAAUUUAAGCAAUAAUCUGUGUUAAAUGGGUUGAAAGCGAGGAAAAAAAAUUUAGCUAGCUGAUUCAAACAACCUUUAAAGCUUUACCAUUUCAGCUGAGUUAUACCACACCCCUUCGAUGAAGACCGAAUUUCAAUGAACAGUUGGCAGAUUUUUGUUUACCUUCUUGAGUGAAUAUUGUUCUGUGCUACUUUCGGUUGACAAUAUCUAAUUGGUAUAUGAAGGCGAAAUUCAAUGUUAGCAGAAUUUUUUUAUUAGUAUUCAUUUUUGGACAAGAAUAUUCCAUCAAACCAUAAUUUUUUGAUGAACAUGCCUGGCCGUUGUUCAGAGACCCUGCAAGAUCUGAUUGUGAGAUGAAUUGACCAUGUAGGCAGUUUCAGACGUAUUCCAGCACUGAGAAGUUGUCUUUGAAAAAUACUUACAUCCCAAAAAUAUAAUUAGUAUUUGAAAUUUUUAUUUUCUGUGGAACUGUCCAAACUGUUUUUAUCUUUAUGAUUAUUUUUUGUACAUUAUUUUUUUAUUUAUUUUUUUCUCACCGUUAGUUAUUUUUUUUUCUGUUUUACUGUUUGAACUCAAAAGAUGGUAUACUUCGGAGUAACUGAACCGAUUUUCAGUUGAAGCCUCCAUUCUAGUUUCAAUAUGGCGGUACAACUAUCUCCUCUAUUCUGCUGUCCUCUAGAGCCCUGGGUGUGGCAACAGUUAACACUUUGAACAGAGACAUCAUCUCUUCUCUUUCCGGUUGUUUUAUAAUUCUUUGACUUUUUGUUUCACACUUCUAACCCUAAAAAUAUUGGAGCCUACAAUCAGCCCAGCUGAACAGCUCUAAAGUUUACUUCGAUUGAUACCCUAGAUUCAUAUUAGCAAAAACCAAUUAUGCUGAUCGAAAUUCCAAACUUCUACGACCCUUUAAAUGGUAACAGUGCCUAUAGAGAAACUUAUCGAAUCGUGUUAUUUACUACAAACACCUAUCCCAGGGCUCUCUCCACCUUGGUCUGAUUAAUCAACAAUGUACAUAUUUGCACUGCUUGCUCAAAUUGCGGCACUCGACCAAGUCUUGUGGUAGGGAUAAAGCCGGUCAUCAAGUUUUCUAAGAGGCGAUAUGUGCAAUCAUCCUUUUUUCAUCCGUUCAUCUCUAAUAAUAAAUGAUGAGGAAAUUCGAUAGUUGAAUCUUUGUCAGUAUUUUUUACGAAUAUUUCCAUGUAAUCCACCAAAACACAAGUUUUCUGAAUUUGCAGCUGGUAUAUUGGCAUUAAAUGUAAAAAACGUAGCAAAAACAAAUCGGCGCACACUUUUAUGGAGAAAAACCCGUGUUUCUUGUCAGACAUGAGGCAUGUUAUAACUGUUGAACUAUGCAACAUUUUUGGAAGAAUUGUGGAGUUAUAAUUAUCGGAUUUUUUUUGUAAAAAAUUCAAGGAUGUUUGUGAUUAAUACUUGCAAAUCCUGCUGAAGUUACCGGCCAAACGGACUUUACAAAUCAAAAAUUGAGUUUAUAUACUGCACUAUUUGGCUGUCAGUUAAGAUCUAUUUUUUUACUUCAUGACUCAGAAAAUUCUCCCCUCUUGUUGUUUGAAAAAAAACUUUCAAAGGUGGAACUAGCGGGUGGCCUUAAAGGGCCUAAAGAUCCUCUCAGCGCUCUUCAGAAAAUUUUUAAGACCAAGAAAUUAAAUAUAUUUGUCGAGGGAUACAGGAGGGUAUGCUGUUCUCUUUACUCCCUUCACAAGGAACCCCUAGUUUCGCCCACAAAAACUCUUUACUAAUAACUAUUCAAAAUGAAAGAAACAUCAUUGUAUAAUUUCAAUAACUGGGCCGAUGUUGGGUUAGAAUAAUCUUCCUUCCCUUUCAUUCCAUUUGAAUUUAUGUACCUUGAAAACGAGUGUCAGAAACAGAGUUCACAUUUUAGAAUCUGGCCCCAAAUCACUUUUGUAGGACUUAGAUGUAUAAAUUAAUUUUCCCCUCUAACAUUACGGCAAAAGUAUGGUACAAGAUAAAAAGAAAAUGGAAUUUCAAAUCGUUAGAAACUUUGAUAUUUUGUAAACUUUUCUCCCUCCACACAAAUAAUUAUUAAGCUGAUUUUUUGCAUGGAGGUUCUCAGGCUUCUCCUUCCUGUAAAUUAACUUUUCAGUCAUAACCUCAGUGCAUUGCAAAUUUUUCAGAAAUCAUUCUGAAUUCCAUGUGUACUGGAAUAUUGCCUGUAUUUACCACAAAGAAAAAUGAGAAAAAGAAAAGAAAAAAGUGUAAUAAUCAGUUAUAAUGACUGCAUAGCGAAUUACUAAGUACAUGCGGGGUAGAAGGUUAUUUUAACCUUAAGUUGUGCCCUUGUUUUAAAGCAACAGCAACGAUUGUCUUAUUCUUCGCAGUUGCUGGUAAAUUCUUGUUCAUAUCACUUUGGCUUUGUGUUCCUGCUUCAAGCGCGGCAAAUCUAAAAAUUGGUUGUGAUGUAGGUAUUUAUUGUGUGAUGCUAUUGGAAAUUUGCGCAGGCACUCAGAUUCCUUGUUAGAUUUGUACUUACUGUUUCCGCUGGAUGAAAGUUAGGUCCCUGUUGAGUGUCACGUUUAUUAGUCAGUACAAUCAACUUUAAUCUCUCGACCUUGUAAAUACAUGUUUUAAGUUGUAAAGACUCAGUUUUGUUUUUAUGUUUUAUCACAAUUAAAAUUAUCGUAAUGUACGUGUUAAUGAUAUUGAUGUCAUUUUAUCAUAAAUAUAUACUAUCACUAUUUUUAUUUGUAGGUUUUAUAGUAAAUUCAACUAUCCUUUGUACCUAUGAUUAUCGUCAUUGAUCUAAUCGUUGUUUAAAUAAAUGCUAACUUGUCAAUUGAA